CCGCGCUCGCAUGGCCGCGCCGCGCCGCGCCGCCGCCGCCGCGGGGCCGGGGGGGGCCGCGGGAGGAGGAUGAGGCGGACGGCGGGGCGGCGGCGGCGGCGGCGGCGCGGAGGAUGAAGUGGAGCGUGCGGGGAGCCUGCGCCGCGCUCUCCAGCUGCCUCCUGCUCGCCUGCGCCCUCAGCGCCGCCGCCGUGGGCCUCAAGUGCUUCUCGCUGGGCUCCGAGCUCAAGGGCGAGCCCUUCCGCCUGGGCACCGCCGCCGGCGCCUUCUACUCGGGGCUGCUGCUGGCCGCCGGCCUCUCGCUGCUCGCCGCUGCGCUGCUCUGCUGUCGCCCGCCCGACGAGGCGCCCGUGGCGCCGGCACCGACCCCAGCACCGGCACCGGCCUCCGCUUUGGCCCCGGCCGGGGACCCGGACCCGGCGAGCGGCGGCCCCGGCGGGGCGGAGGCGGCGGCCGCGCCGUCGGGGCCGGUGGAGAAGGCGUCGCCCGGGGGACGGCAGAACUUCCUGCUUCUGGGGGUGCUGGUGUUCAUGCUGGGCGUGCUGAGCGCCUUCGCCGGCGCCGUCAUCGACGGCGACACCGUGUCGCUGGUGGAGAGGAAGUACUCGCACUAUUGCCUGCUGCAGCCCGGCGGCGCGGCCCGCCCGCGCAGCGGACCCGCGGCCCCCGACGGCACCGCCGCGGCGCUCCGCUGCCAGAAGCUGCGGGACUACCAGCAAGGCUUGGUGCUCUCCACGGUCUUCAACGCGCUGGAGUGCCUCCUGGGCCUGCUCAACCUGCUUCUUGUCAAGAACUACAAGGCCGCGCAGCAGCGCGGACGGAGGCGGCGGCGGCGGCGAGCGGCCCCGGCGGCAGCGGCGGCGGGCGGGCGGCGGCGGCGGCGGAGGGGCGGCGGCGGCGGGCGGCGGGCGCCGCGCCACAGCCAGGGCUCCCUCUUCUCCGGUGGCGAGCCCGAGCUCAGCCCCGGGGAUUGCCCCUUCCAGGCCGUCUCCUACAUCAACGUGGGCGUCUUCCACGUCUUCGACGAGGCCGGCGUGGAGGUGCACUGCGGCGGACAUCCCUCCGUCGAGCUGCCCGGCUACUCGCCCAUGGACCCCGAGCUCAACGCCUCCUACCCCUACUGCUACCCUCUGCCCAGCGAGCAGCCCCCCGCCUAUGAGGAGAUCUACCCCGGGGAGCCCUGCGCUCACGGCACUUAGCGCCGAGCGCCGCCGGGACGCCCGGCUCCCCGCCCGGCCCCCGGAGCGCCGUGACCGCCGGGAGCGGGCCCGCCCGCGCUCCGCAGCCGCGGGGCCCGGGGACACUUCUCGCACCACCGACGGGAUGGUCCCGCCGCCGCGGGCGCAGCGGGACACGGCCGGCCUGCCGCCGUGCCUCUGGCUCUGCGGAAGCUUCUCCUCCCUCCCUGCUCUCCCCUUCCUUCUCCCCCUUCCCUCCCCCACACCGACCCUUCGUCCGCCGGCGGCUGAAUUUUCCGAAGGCUGCGCAAGAAACGCCUAAGGGUUGGUUCCUCCCGUCGCCUCUCCUCUGUAGCCAAGUUUAGUUCCCUUCAAGUGAUUCAUCAGUCUCCAGCUUUAGCAGUCCAGAGUUACCCAUUUAUGAUAACCAGCCAGUGUAAGGAAAAGGUGUCAUGAAGCUUCUUUACCUCUCAAAAGAGCUAAAUUUCUAAACAACGCAGAGACAUUUGUGUCACGUUUACUAGAGGUGUAUUGGGGAUCUUUAACGUUUACACUACUCCUUGGGAGAAUUGAGUUCUGUUUUAAGAUUUAGUGAGUUAAAACAUUCGUUGGUCUUGUAAGAUGCACAUUGAGAAAAACCUGCACUUUGACAAAGAAACAGGAAAAAAAUCAACAACGUUUUUGUACACUAACGUGCCUGCUUUUGUUGAUAACUUCUUACUGUAAAAGCUUUCAGAAGUCUAUAGUGAAAAUGUUUGGUACAUUCACUGCAGUUUAAAAUUGAUGAUUAGUUCCUUUACUAAAAUAACUGAGAUGUUGCUAGGAUAUGGCAGUUAAAAAGGAAGUCCAAAUGUAGUACACAUUCCUUUUUGUAAACAGGUUCUGUGUUUUUAAUGCAAGGCAGGAUUUCUUUUUGUUUUGCACAGGUGAAGGGUAUAAUUCUAUUUUGUACAACUACAUGGUUUUCCUUGUAAAGAGUUCCAUUUUACCUGUUACAAUUCAUCAAUCUGGAUUGUCAAGGUGGAUGCAAACCUGAUCAAUUCUUGUCACUGAAGGGUGAUUACUGCAAGACUUCUGCCUUAAGUAGCAAAACCAGUGAGAACAGAAGAGAAACAUGUAUGUGCUAGCAAAUCUCCGUUUUGCCUACCCGAAGUAAUGACAAGACUUCUAUUUGCCCUAUGGCUUGUUGUUUUAAUUUGCUUCCAGCUUUACUCACAUUGGUUCAAAGGGAGGGAGGAAUAAGCUCAGUACUACCGUUUUGGUCACAGUGAAGUACUGAUUUCGUAGAGGAUUGCUUUCAGCUUUCGUGUCCCUUCUGCAGGUAAUGGUGGUUAGGCAAGGUGGAAAAUCAAGUCUGCUGUCUUUGAUGAGACAGGAUUUGCCUUCAUGUGGAAAAAAUUUAUUCCCACCAGCCUAUUAGCAAUUCACAUGAAUUAUUUUCACACUCCAACAUCCUUGCUUAAAACUUACUUAUACAUUGUAAUUGACAGACAGAAUAUACAUGAAUCUAAAAACAGGAAAAAAAAUUAUGUUAGAGGGGAAAUUGUAUUAAAGUAGUACAGAUUUUACUCAAAGUUUGAUUUCACUGUAGGACUUCUUUGGUUCACCAAAAUGCGCUAUAGCGGCUGGUAUAACUUAGAUAUAUUUCAGACAUACUGUUUAAUAAUCAGAAAAGGUUUCUGAAUGUUCACAUGAAAAUGGCAAUCUGUUUCUGCUUUUGGAUACAGUACAUAUGAAAACCUUUUCUUCAUUUUGCCAUUUAAUCCAAGAUUGAUCCUCAAGAAAAUGUCAGUAAUUGAUCUUGUAACUUUAGGAUCAAUAAAAUAAGUUUUAAAGCACAGCAUAUCCUAUAAGAAAAGCC